AUGGCCUACUCUCCGACAGCCUGCCUGGUGGUCACCAUCGUUCUGCAGGUCCUUGUCCUGGUUGCAAUUGCCCUGCGGCUUUACGUGCGAGUUGGGGUAAAGGGAAAUAUUGCAGCGGAUGAUUACAUGGCGGUUUUGGCAACUGUGCGCAGCAACCGAGCCCCGAUUCCAACUUCUUCAGCUGUAUACUUUUUCGUACUCGGUGCUAAUACUCGCCCAUACUUCAAGAUUCUCUACACAGGUCUUUCGCUCUCAUAUAUUAUUGCCAUGGCAAAUUAUGGGGUUGCGCACCCGGGACUUAGAGUCUCGAGCGAGCAGGCUGCUACCGGCCUCCUACUAGUCCUCAUCGGCGAGAUCCUCUACCUCACCGCAACCUACCUCGUCAAAGUCUCCAUCGCAUUCACCCUCUUCCGAAUCGUCACCGCAAAACCCCACCGCUACACCAUCUACACCCUGCUCCUCAUCGGCGCAAUCCUCACAACCAUCACCUGCUUCUGGGCUUUCUUCCUCUGCAGCCCCGUGAACUACUUCUGGGACCGAUUCCGCGGCGCUGUCGGUUCGUGCAAGUCGAUUCGCACCCUGAUGGCUGUUCAUUUCGUGCAGGCGUCGUGGACUCUGAUAUCGGAUUUGACACUUGGGCUGGUGAUUCCGGGUCUUGUACUUUGGGAUUCGCUUAUGGAGAGGCGGACCAAGAUCCUCGUGUGGUUUUUGCUGGGGUUUGGGUCUCUAGCCGCAAUCGCUACAAUAGUGCGCAUGAUCUACCUCCCGACCAUGACGAUAACCAACAGCCCCGCGGAUAACCACAUCAUCGUGUUGUGGUCCGUCCUUGAGGCGGCCAUUGGGAUCAUCUGUUCGGCGGCCGCGACAUGGAGGCCCCUGGUUUCGCGGCUGAGGCGCUCUCCGACGGGGUCGUGUGAGCCAUUGGGCAGCUAG